CAGUCGAACCUUGAAACCUGAAACAAUGCAAACCCUCGUUUGCUUCAGCGGAAAACCCUUAUUGGCUCCGAUUCGCGUGCAAUCACACAACAUCUUCAAUCCGUCGAGUUCCAGUAACAAACUCAGAACAGCAGAGCCGAUGGCUUCUCCCAAAUGGGCUCAGAAGACCAUUGCGCUUCCUCCUCAGAAGCGAGGCUGCCAUCUCAUCACGCCCAAGAUAUUGAAGGAAAUUGACCAGGAUUUGUUAGGAUUCAAAUGUGGUUUGGCGCAUUUUUUCUUGCAGCAUACAAGUGCCUCCCUCACUGUAAAUGAGAAUUAUGACUCGGAUGUUCGGGAAGACACUGAAACGUUCCUCAACAAGAUAGUGCCAGAGGGGCGCUCUGCACCUUGGAAGCAUACAAUAGAAGGCCCUGACGACAUGCCAGCACACAUCAAAUCUUCAAUGUUUGGCUGCAGCCUCACGAUUCCUAUAACUGAUGGGAAACUCAAUAUGGGAACUUGGCAGGGAAUAUGGCUGUGUGAGCAUCGGGACCAUGCUACUCCACGCAGAGUUGUAGUUACUCUUAAUGGAAUGUAAAUGGUAAAAUCUAUAUGUAGUCGUUUGUACUUCGUACUUUUAUUUUAUUCUGGUUUUAAAGUAAAGAUCUAAUAUAUGGACUUAAAAGUUGCCUAAUAUAUAAAAAAUGGAUUCAAGGUAUGGUACUCCAUUUUGACCUGACAGUUUAAUUGUGUUGGGUGGGUAGCAUUUAAAUUGAAUUUGGUGGCGAGCUACCAGAUGGAAUAACUACCCCCAAAAAUUCUUUUAGUGCUACAGUUUAUGAAUCCAUGUGAGUGAAGCCAAUCCAUCUUCU